AAAUUUCGGAGACGGCGAAACCUUCCAUCUCACUGAUCACUGAUUCAUUACAGGAAGGAAGGAAAAAAAAGAAAAGAAAGCCAUGGUUUUUCCCGCAAUUGGCCCAAGUUCUCCCAUGUUUUAGCCACACAAUCAUGAACCCAGUGAAGGGGUGUGAACCCGUCGUCUUUUCACGCUGGAGAACAAAUCGGAAGCUAUCUUACUGAACCUUGAAAUUCAAAGUCUGUGAACGAAAGAAAGAAUGUCGACCCGUUCUGCAGUUAUGCAUUACCAGUUAGGGCUGUUUGCAAGCUGCGACCGACUGGGAAAAAACCUUCAAUUAGCACUCGUAAUAGCUGAAUUGACAGAUCGACCUGUUGCCUAUAUUGGCAGGCGUAUCAUUUCUCUCUUGUGGACUUACCUUCCAUAGAGAGUUUUGUCAAAGCUCAAGAGCCUUUGGAGGAUCCCCUGAAUCAUCUUCGAGAAGUAAGGAUGGAAGUCUUCUGGGGUACAUUGCCUGAAUUGGAAUUUCUGAAGUACUUGUUAGCCAAAUCAUUGGUACUUGAAAAGAUAAUUAUUCAUCCCCCUCAAAAAACAGAUGCUGAAAAAAAAUUGAAGAUCUUGAAAGACAUACUUCGGCUUUGUCGAGCAUCACCAAGGGCGGAAAUCAUAUAUUUAGAUCCUGAGGAAGUUAGCAAUCAGAAUUCUCAUGGUCGGAAAGCAAUGCGUGCCUGUGAUUCAGCUUCUGAUAUGAUCAGUAACCUACCAAACAACAUCAUUAAUAACAUCCUUACAUGCUUACCAAUACGAGAUGCAGCUAGGACAUGUGUUUUGUCUAAGAUAUGGAGAUUUAAGUGGCUAUAUCUUUCAGAACUUGUGUUUGACGAGAUCUUCAGCGGGACGUCACCUGGAAACUCUGUCCUGUCUACAAAUAAAAUCUGGUCUAGGAUUUAUGAGAUUCUCUUACUUCACCGCGGACCCCUGCGUAAAUUUGUUAUUUCUAUCCCAGAGUUGAUCAGUGGUUCUCGUAUAUAUCGGAUAAUACUCUUCCUAUCUCAAAAGGACAUUCAGGAAUGCACAUUUUCUCUUAAGCCAGGGAUAUAUUAUGAAUUGCCUUCAACUCUGUUCUCAUGCACGCAGCUGACUCAUUUGAAUCUAUCUCAGUGCGAAUUCAGACGUCCACCUGAAUUCACCGGGUUUAGCAAUCUCAUCAGUGUUGAUUUCAAUCGAGUUGAUAUUUCUACCCUUGCUUUUAGGACCUUUUUAUCUAAAUGUCCUCUCCUUCAACGACUAAAACUGGAUUAUUUGUCUGAAAUGGAUCACCUUGAUAUCGAUGCUCCCAAUCUCAAGUACUUAUACUUAAGUGGCAUUUUUGAGUCAAUUUGUUUUAAGAACACCCCGCUACUUUCGACGUUAAUAAUAAAAAAUGUUGAGUAUUGGAGCUUAUCUGGGUAUGGGUAUGUUUUUGAUGUUUUUGAUUCUCUACCCAUGAUUGAGCACCUUGUUGUUGGUUAUCCGUUUUUGAUGAACUUAAUGGCAGGAGAGAUACCUGAGAAGCUUCCGACUACGUUCCUUAAAUGUCUUGAACUGUCUGAUUUGGCUUUGAAAUACAAGGAGGUGGCCUCAUUUGCUCUCUGUUUGAUCAGAAGCUUCCCUAACCUACAGAAACUUAGAGUCAAGGGGUGUCCGUGUGUUGACAAUCUUGAGGACUUAACUUCCCCAGAGAGUCUUGUCAAAGCUCAAGAGCCUUGGGAGGAUUCCCUGAAUCAGCUUCGAGUAGUAAUGAUGGAUGUCUUCUGCGGUACAUGGCCUGAAUUGGAAUUUUUGAAGUACUUAUUAGCCAAAUCAUUGGUACUUGAAAAGAUAUUUAUUCAGCCCCCUCCAAAAACAGAGGCUAAAACAGGAUUGAAGAUCUUGAAAGACGUACUUCGACUUCGUCGGGCAUCGCCAAGGGCAGAAAUCAUAUAUUUAGAUCCCAUGGAAGAUUAGCAUUUUCCUUGUUGACCAACAUCUUAGGAAGAGAGUGACUCCCGGUGUUGAUGAGCGUCACCAGAAGCAGAAGAAAUCAAUUAUUGAGAUGUCACUGAAGACGGACAAUGUAUAUCCAUGGAUACGUUGUCUUCUUCUUUUUUACCACAUUUUGUGGAUGGAUUGUAGGUUUUUUGUUAUUUGAAUCAUAGAGAUCUAAGGUUAAUGUUUUGAUGUUUAUUUAUUGAUGGGACAAGAAGAAAUUAGUUCCUAUUAAGAAAAUCUGAAUUUGGCGUUCGCCUAUAUCGAUACUGCAAAGUUGAGUUUUGUGUUUCAGAAUAAUGGCUAUCCUUAUUCAGAAAAGCAUGAGAUUUAGAUAUUCUGUUUAUAUUUCUCUGUGUUUUCUGCUAUCUGGAAUAAUCUAUGGUUUACUUCUUAA